CGUGCGCCGUUUAAAUAACGACCAACCCCGCCCGCUUGCCACUGCCGCAGCAGCCUAUUCUACACAGCCACACGCGGAGGAUCCGUGUAGACGACAUUCCAUUUGCACUAUCUGUGUACCUUUCCCACUUCAAGUCCAACGCUAUUGUGAGAAUAUGUCUACCAAGGAGAAGCUGAUCCAGCAUGUUAUGGAGGGUGAGCCCACCGGCUCCAGGAUGAAGGUGACCGUGGUGGGUGUUGGCAUGGUGGGCAUGGCCUCCGCCGUCAGCAUCCUCCUGAAGGACCUGUGCGAUGAGCUGGCCCUGGUGGACGUGAUGGAGGACAAGCUGAAGGGUGAGGUCAUGGACCUGCAGCACGGAGCCCUCUUCCUGAAGACACACAGGAUUGUGGGAGACAAAGACUACAGUGUGACAGCCAACUCCAAGGUGGUGGUGGUCACCGCGGGAGCUCGUCAGCAGGAGGGCGAGAGCCGUCUGAACCUGGUGCAGAGGAACGUCAACAUCUUCAAGUUCAUCAUCCCCAACAUCGUCAAGUACAGCCCCAACUGCAUCAUGCUGGUCGUCUCCAACCCCGUGGACAUUCUGACCUACGUGGCCUGGAAGCUGAGUGGGCUGCCCAAGAACCGUGUGAUCGGCAGCGGCACCAACCUGGACUCUGCCCGCUUCCGUCACCUGAUGGCCGAGAAGCUGAAGAUCAGCCCCACCAGCUGUCAUGGCUGGGUCAUUGGAGAGCAUGGUGACUCCAGCGUGCCUGUGUGGAGUGGGGUGAAUGUGGCAGGCGUGUCCCUCCAGGGCCUGAACCCUGACAUGGGCACAGACAAGGACAAGGAGAAGUGGAGUGACGUCCACAAGAUGGUGGUCGCCAGUGCCUAUGACGUCAUUAAACUGAAGGGCUACACUUCCUGGGCUAUUGGCAUGUCAGUGGCUGACCUCGUGGAAUCAAUCCUCAAGAACCUCCACAAGGUGCACCCGGUCUCCACCUUGGUCAAGGGCAUGCACGGUGUGAAGGACGAAGUCUUCUUGAGCGUCCCCAGCGUGUUGGGCAACAGCGGCCUGACAGACGUGAUCCACAUGACCCUGAAGAAGAGCGAGGAGGAGCAGUUGCACAAGAGUGCCGAGACCCUAUGGGGUGUGCAGAAGGAGCUCACUCUUUGAAAUGCACAGCUCUGAGCUGGAAUCGCGCCCAUUGAUUCACUGCCCCCUCCAAUCAACCCCCACCCCGUCCCCCUUUACCACCCAGAUUCCAUCUCAGCAGUCCCCAUCCAUCCCCUUACCUACAGCCUUUCCUACACCCCCUUUUAAUUCUCCCAGGUGUAACCAAUCCAUAUCCAACACUCUGUUCCCUCCCUCCCUCCCUCCCUCCCUUCCUUACUUCCUCCCUCCCUUAUCUCAAAACAUCUUGGACUGGUAGACCGUAACCUCCUCACGUUAGCUACAGAGGAGGUAGUUUCUGCCGUCUUCGCAAACAAAUCAUAGGGCCUUUGUACUGUACUGUCGGUGUGCAUGUAUACAUGUAUGUAUGUGUGUAUAUCACCUGUGUGUCGGUGCAUCUUGUCUUCCUCACACUCCAGCCUCUGUGGUUUAGAAAGGGUUACAAGGGAUGCCUUGAGGAGUUGAGGAGAAUAGCCAGUAUUGCUUCUCUGUGGGCUUCCCUACUGUUUGUUUCUUUGAGCUCAGCAAUCAUUCCGUACCAUUUUGACCCCAAGGCUGAAACGCUCCAAUGUUCUCUGCGAUCAUCUCAUUAAGACAUUAGAGCAGUUACCUCUACGCAGACACUCCCUACUGCCUCCACCAUCGUCAUCGUCGACUCUACAAUGGCUUGAAAUGAAGUACACACAGAUGUACUGUAAACUAACCACAAGUGCACUGAUAACAAGACUUAACAUGAUAGUCUGACUUUUCAAAAGCCAUCGUAUUCACAGCAGAGCUGUUGAAAAGCCUUGGACAGUUGCUGUAAUUUAAAUACAAAAUCGUUCAAGUACAGGAAACAACCAGGAAAAACUACAUAACACACAUCAGGGGUACUUUGUUAGAGCUCACUUCAAGUAUGCACUGUGUUAAAUAUAGAAAAAAAAAUGUACAUGCUGUCUGUAGAAAUUUGUAUAUCUGUGUACCUUACGCGUUUGGCUGGAAAUUGUCUUUUGUUUGCUUGAGAAAACAAGACGUUCAGACUAGUCUGCAGGAUAGAAUACUGUAGCACUGAUAGCACACUUAAGGCCAUGUUGGCGUAUUUGAUGGCUGUCUGUCUGGAGAACAUGUGUGUCAGUAUCCUUCUCCUGCAUCUAUGACCGGUUUGAUCCGCCAUGUUUUAAUCCGACACCAAAUAAAUUUCCAGCGUAACAACUUCC